ACUAACACCGCGGAAAAGUUCCACAACACCCACUUUAGACGGACGUCUACUUUUGGGCUGCAGCGCACGCAAUGAUGUUUGACAGCAGGAAAAUGGAUCGCUCGAUUGAGACGUGUGGCUUUCAAAAGAAAAGAGUGCCAUCACAGUUCUACUCCAAUACAUUUCGGAUAUUUGAUGAGAACUUAUCACAAGGCAUGGGAAUAGAACGCUAUAAUCAGAAUUAUGUGCAUGAAGGAAGAAAACAUCUAGAGCAACAGAAUCUGCCAAAUAUACACAAUGUUCCACAUCCACAUUGUGCUAAAGUCAUAAGAACCAACCCCAGAACUCUAAACGAAUCAAUAUGGUACAUGGAGUCAAAACGUAAAAUAGCUGAACAGUCCAGCUGGUGGCCAAAUUACACUGAUAUUAAUUUGAUACACACACCACCUUAUAGCAGGGAGAGCACCCAAAGAAGCGAUUUUUCAGCUCCAUUGCAAUGUAAUAUUCGAAAUACAAGGUUUGGAAGUAAUCCACAUAAGUCACCUACAUUUGGCAUUGUUCCGACUAUAAGUUUAAGUGGAGCCCAAAAUAACCAUGUGCAUCGUAUUUCUUUUAUUCACAAUUAUGAUUCAAGGAAAGUCCCAAAUGAACCAAUUCGUGGAAAGCGUCAUGGAGCUUUUGUGUGGAGAGAGAUUAAGUCAACGAGUGGGCUUAAAGCUCCCAGUGGAUCAGAAACAUUCCCGAGUACAGAGGGGUCACAAUCUCCACCAGUACUGUAGAAAGAGGAGAAAGGAAGUACAAAAGAAGAAAAGAUGACUUCACUCCAACUUGUCUCACAAGAUCCUCAACAGAUGUUGAAUUCUGGAACUUGCUUAUCAAAAACAGACCUAAAGGAAGUAGUCAGGGCCUAUCCCAGAAUCCCUUCCAAAAAUAAAGUUUAGCUGGGCGUUGCUGUCGUGCACACUAUUCAUUCUCCUUGUAAUGGAGGACUUCUCUGAUAUGUUCCCAUCCUUUAUUUUUCAGAGAAAGUGACUUCACAUGCCAUCCUUAUCACACCGACUCUUGUCUGCAAUGGCACUAGGAAACAUUCUUCAGCUAACUCUGAAGUGAGCACACUUGUCCCAGACAUUAACAAUGCCUCCAGGCACCAGCUGAUACCAGUGAGCAUACAGCCUGAACACUUUAACUGUUCUCUUAAAGCAGCUGCAAUUUUGUUUGAUGUGAUUUAGAAAUAAAGUUCUUUUCAAACCUGCUGAAA